AUGGUGCCGCCCGAAGAUGCACCCGGCGCGACGCCACCUCACAAGCGGCGGCGAAUGCGCGACGGACAAUCACCAAACGGGCGUCGCCCGCCCGACGCGUCGUCAAGACGAGGGGCACCAUCAGAUCGCCGAGGCAGCGACGACUACUACUCCAAGCCAAGACACGACGACGACUCCUCUUCGCGAUCGCCGAACGGACGUAGACGACGCCGCGCCGCCUCAGCAUCCAGCAGCUCCGGCGCCAGCACCCGCUCCGAGUCACCGCCACCAGCCCGACGACGUUCCGCGCCGCGCCGACGCUCCUCCGACUCUCCACGCUCCCAUUCGCGCUCGCGCUCGCCGGCAUCCACCUCGUCCGCGCGCACGCGCACUGAAUCCCCGUCUCCCAAGCCGACCAUGGCCCCGCACCAACCUACACCGCCGCCGCACGACGACGAAGCCGCCGCGCCGCCGCCGCCGCCGAGGAGACCCAACUACAAGCCGCGGCUGGCCCUGCACGGCCACACCAAGCCCGUGUCGCAGGCACGCAUCUCGCCCGACGGGCGGUUCAUCGCCUCGGCCUCGGCAGACGCCACCGUCAAGGUGUGGGACGCCGCUACGGGAGCGCACCUGGACACGCUGGUCGGCCACAUGGCGGGCGUCAGCUGCGUCGCCUGGGCGCCGGACAGCAACACCCUGGCGAGCGGCUCCGACGACAAGGCGAUCCGGCUGUGGGACCGCGUCACGGGGCGGCCCAAGUCGACGGCGCGCAAGUCGCUGGGAGGCGGCGGCGGCGGCGGUGGCGGUGGCGCGGACAUGCCGCCGCUGCGAGGGCAUCACAACUACGUGCACUGCCUGGCGUUCUCACCAAAGGGCAACAUUAUCGCGAGCGGCUCCUACGACGAGGCCGUCUUCCUGUGGGAUGUGCGCGCGGGGCGGCUGAUGCGCAGCCUGCCGGCGCACAGCGACCCGGUGAGCGGCAUUGAUUUCUCGCCCGACGGGACGCUGGUGGCCAGCUGUUCCACGGACGGGUUGAUCCGCAUAUGGGACUCGGGCACCGGCCAGUGCCUGCGGACGCUCGUGCACGAGGACAACCCGGCCGUCGCCAACGUGUGCUUCUCGCCCAACGGCCGCUUCGUGCUCGCCUUCAACCUGGACAACUGCCUGCGGCUGUGGGACUACGCGGCCGGCCGCGUCAAGAAGACGUACCAGGGCCACGCCAACGAGCGCUUCGCCGUGGGCGGGUGCUUCGGCGCGGUGGGCGGCGCGCCGUUCGUCGCGUCGGCGAGCGAGGACGGCGGUGUCGUGCUCUGGGACGUGGUAGACAAGCGCGUGCUGCAGCGCGUGAGGGGACACCGCGAGGGCGUCUGCUUCUGGGUUGACGUGCACGGCGAGACCAUGGUCAGCGCGGGGCAGGACCACACCGUGAGGAUCUACCGUCACGUCGAUGAGGAGGAGGAGGGGGAGGGUGAACCGGCCGGUGAGGUGGAGGCCGCGGCGCUGGUCAACGGCGUCGCCAACGGAACGGGAGGACUGCCGGCGAACGGGGCCGACUUUACCGAGAAUCUGCCCAUUAGGCAAGAGUACACCGAGAUGGAGCCUUGA